UCUCCUCUGUUUCUUUCUUUCUUUCUUUCUCUCUAUGUUGUUUGAUUCUCACACACACAACAAAUAGUCUAAACUGAGAUACUUUCACACUUGGGUUGUAUGUUCUCAAACUCUCUCUCUCUCUCUCUCUCUCUCUCUCUCUCUCACACACACACACACACACCCUAAACAGGAAAUAAAGCGAGAUGUAAAUGAGGUGAGACAGAGGAAGAGGUUUUCCUGCAGCAGUGAACACACACACACACACACACACACACACACAAACACACACACAUGAUCUGUGCUCUUCUGUGUGUGUUUGUGUGAUGAUGGACGUUCUGGAGAUCUCCACACGAAACCCUCAGGAUGACUUUGAGAUUCUGCUGCGGGUCGGUGGAGGAACGUAUGGAGAAGUUUAUAAGGCUCGCAGUAAACAGAAUGGGGAAUUCGCAGCCAUUAAAAUCAUUAAAAUGGAGCCUGAAGAUGACUUCUCUGUCAUCCAGCAAGAGAUCGUGAUGGUGAAGAGCUGCAAACACAGGAACAUCGUGGCGUAUCACGGCAGUUACAUCAGGAUGAAUAAACUGUGGAUCUGUAUGGAGUACUGCGGUGGAGGAUCUCUGCAGGACAUUUACCACGUGACCGGUCCUCUGUCCGAGCAGCAGAUCGCUUACAUCUGUCGAGAGAUGCUGCAGGGUCUUGAUUAUCUUCACGGACAGAAGAAGAUCCACAGAGACAUCAAGGGAGCAAAUAUUCUUCUGAAUGAUCAUGGAGAAGUCAAACUGGCGGACUUUGGCAUCUCGGCACAAAUCACAGCCACUUUUGCCCGUCGAAUGUCGUUCAUUGGGACACCGUAUUGGAUGGCUCCGGAGGUGGCCGCUGUCGAGAUCAAGGGCGGAUAUAAUGAGCUGUGUGACAUCUGGUCUGUGGGAAUCACAGCGAUUGAGCUCGCAGAACUACAGCCACCUCUGUUUGAUGUUCAUCCUCUCAGAGUUUUGUUCCUGAUGUCCAAGAGCGGCUAUCAGCCUCCCAAACUCAAGGACAAAUCCAAAUGGUCCACCACAUUCUACAACUUUGUGAAGUCCAUGCUGAUCAGGAACCCAAAGAAGAGACCCAGCGCUAAAAAGAUGCUGAUGCAUUUGUUCGUGACACAGCCGUCUUUGAGACAAGAGUUAACCCUCGAAAUACUGGACAAACUCAGACACCCUGAGAAGCUCAAAGAAUGUUUACACACGGAUGACGAUGAUUUGGAGGUGAUUGUCCCACAUUCACUCAGAAGAAUUCACUCAAUCAACCGACACAACCGGGCCGAGAGAACGAACUCAGACAUCAGCUUGGAACAGAUUUACACACAGAGACCCGUCGCUGGCAAACGAGAGUCUCACGAAGGAACGUUACGGACGUCAGGAGGUCAGUGGACGAGUCCUCCCAUCACUUCCAGAAGAAGGGAGGAGAGUGUGGACACGGAUGACGAUUAUGACGACGUGGAAAUACCAGCGAGUAGCACACUGCAGUUCAGUGAUGACGUUCCUCCUCCUCUUCCUCCCAAAGUGAGUCGCUCCACUGCGUCUGCUCACAGAUUAAACCUGAAGUUCAUCAAAACAUAUCCAGAUGGAGAUAUUACUAUCCGUCUGCAUUCUCUAGUUUCCACACUGAUCCACCAGCAGACCUUCAGCCUCCUGAACUUCCACCAAAGGACAGAAGACGCAGACAAGCUCCUCAGGAAGUUUGCAAUCAGCACGAAGAUUCCAGACACAAAGGGGUGCAGGACAUGUUCAGUGGCUCAUAACGCUCAGAACGGCUGUGUGUUUCUGUGCUGUGCGCUGGAGUCCAGCGUGGUUCUGCUGCAGUGGUACGAGCCCAUGCACAAGUUCAUGCUGAUCAAGCAAUUUGACUUCCCUCUGCCGACGCCGCUGCGUGUGUUUGAGAUGAUGGUGCUUCCGGAUCAGGAAUAUCCUCAGGUUUAUAUCCGAGUGAGCAAAGGAUCCGGGCCAUCACAACCGGUUCAGCUGGACUACAUCGACCUGAACUCAAACACAUCGUGGUUCGCUGAUACUGGACUCGAGAACCGCUGCGCUGACAGAGUUCAGUUGAAUCAGCUGGACAGCGACACACUGCUAGUUCUGAUUGACAACUCUGUUCAUACGGUCGCUCUGAACGGAUCGGCUAAAUGUCACAGACACCUGACGGACGUCUCCUUUAAGUUAGACAUCGACGCUGUGGUGUAUCACGACGAGACGCUGAUCGCCGUCUGGAAACACGGCUGGCAGAGGAGAGGUCAGGGGUCAUCAGAGAUCCUGCAGGAGAUCACUGACCACAAGAAGACAUUCCGGCUGCUGGGAACCGACAGAAUCGUUGUCAUGGAGAAGCGAGCAUGUGAUGACCAAUCAGGACUCUGUAAUCUGUACAUCCUGGAGACGGUUGACUCCGCCCCUGUUUCCCAAACACACACGCCAACCUCUGUUAUUAAUUAAACUCCUCCUGGUGUUAAUAAAGAGGUCAGGUGUGAGAACACAGGCCACGUCUGUCUGCAGUGUGUGUGUGUGUGUGUGUGUGUGUGUGUGUGAUCUCUCAGUGAUCAGUCCACUGGUGAACCAUUACAAGAAGACCAACUUGUACAGUUUCUAACUAGUUUGCUGCACAGUAAGAUUCAGAAACAGAGAAAUCCAGAGCAGGUGAGAAUGUGGACGGGAAGCCUAGAGCUGUAUUUCUAGAUUUCUGAGUAUUUCAAGUAAGGUCAAGUCACCUUUAUUUGUAUAGCGCUUUAUACAAUGCUGAGACACAGCAGGUUCUGACAGCGCCAUCAUUACAGUAAGAGAGCGUGUGUCAGAGACAGAGAGAGAGAGAGCGAGAGAGAGUGUG